GCGGCUUCGAGGCGAAUGUGGAGAGAUUGUUGGACUGAACGGUGCACUCGAUACUAAACACUGCUCAUCCCGGAGGAGAGCGGUGUCUCUCUCACACUGUCUACGAGCUGCUCUCUCACCGAGCACGCACGCACGCGCGCGCGCACGCACGCACACUCCGCUCUGUGCGCCUCUACUUCCCCGUAGUAAAGUCCGCACAGAGCAGUCUCCUGUGUGCGCAGUUUCUUCGAAGGAGUCGCUCCGAGGAACGAGAGGAACAAGACGCCCGGAGCCCUUCCCUUGGCGAGGACCCUGUGCGUGCCCAUGUAGCUGCCCUGCGGGAUGCCUGAUCAUGACAGCGCCCUCCUGAGCGCACAGACCAAGCGCAGACGAGUGGAUAUCGGCGUGAAGAGGACCAUCUACAGCCGCGCCCGGGACUCUUACGAAAGCAUGAACCAAUCACACGCCGCCGAGCAGGACGGGGACUGCUCAUUGGUCAGCCACGGCCACGGAGGGUCUAAUGGCGACAGCGAGAAGUCCAAUGUCCUCAGAAAGCUGCUGAAGAGGGCGAACUCCUAUGAAGACGCCCUGAUGCCCUUCCCCGGGGCCACCAUCAUCUCCCAGCUCCUCAAGAGCAACAUGGCAAAGAACGGAGGCAGCGACUCGGGCUUCCAGGGCAGUGGGGCCAUGUCCAGCGGGGGCUCAGAGAUCCAGGGGGAGGACGGCUGCAGUAACUCUUCCAGGGACAGAGACAGUCCGUCCGACUGCCUGUCCCCAGGUCCCCCUCUGCCCCCUUUGCCCCCUCUGCCCCCGGCCUCCUCCUCUGCCUUCAGAGGGCCUCCUCCUGCCUCCCUGCUCACCUCCCUCGCCCCCUCUCAGCCUCUGGCCCUGUCCUCCUUCGACCUGGACCGUCUGUCAGAUGAGCACCUGAGGGCCAAGCGCGCCCGUGUGGAGAACAUCAUCCGCGGCAUGAGCCACUCGCCCCUGGUGCGCUCCAGCACUGGAGAGCCGGGCAGAGACGACAGCAACGGCACAGAGCAUAGAGGGGACUCCCACAGAGGGGACACCCACCACGGCUCCUCUCUCCUGGGCUCCCCGGGCUCACGGGGAGGGGUCAGUGUGGAGGUGUACCGAGAGAACAAGAGGAAACAGCGGCUGCCCCAGCAGCAGCACAGCUUCACCCAACUAGUGUGCUCCAGACAGGAGCAGAGACAGGAGGAGCGGAGACAGCUCCGACUGCAGCUGGAGGACAUGCAGAAACAGCUGCGGCAGCUGCAGGAGAAGUUCUAUCAGAUCUAUGACUCGGAGACAGAGGACGAGGACACAGGAGCAGAGCGCGGAGCAGACAGGGAGGAGGACGGGAACAUGUCUGAGGACAGUAUCCGCUCGGACGGGCUGGAGGACAGGCACAGGGACAGCCACAGAGACAGGGGGCGCCCUGACGACCUGUCCGACCUGGACCCCGGCCUGUUUCUGGACAGAGCGCGGGCGCUGCUGCGAGAGCAGGCUCUGAUGGAUGGAGAGCUGGAGGAGGACAGGGAGGAGGAGGACAGGAGCAGGCUGAAGAGGAGAGGACCUGGCGGGAGGCACCUGGCAGAGACCCUGAAGCAGGAGCUGAACUGUGCGGUGUCACAGGUGGUGGACACGGUGGUUAAAGGCUUCUCCUCCCCAAAGCAGAGCAGCGUGCAGGGCUGCAGCAGCACGCCGGCCGCCCCCUCUUCCUCCACCUCCUCCUCCUCCUGUCCUCCCCCCUUCGCCCCCCUUCCCUCUCUCACGCCAGAGUCCAGGUUCGGAGGAGGUGGUCUGGGCCUGACUCUGAACAGUGACAGUAGCCCCACCCCAAACUUCCACUCGUCCAAUCAGAGACUGCACUGCUUCGGAGACGUGCUGGUGCCCAGCCCCCUGGACACUUUCAGCGGGCUCAGCAGACUGAGCGCUGUGCCCACAGCCAACGACCAGACAGAAGCCCUCCCCCUGGUGGUGCGAAAAAGCGGGGUUCCGGACACCGGCGAACACUCCCUGCCCCCUCCUCCUCCCCCUCACCACCCCUCUCUCCACCCCUCCCCCCUCACAGCCUCUUUGGGCUUCAGCCCUCCAUCUUUUCGACACCCAUUCCCUCUGCCCCUGAUGGGCUAUCCCUUCCAAGGCCCCCUGGGGUCACACGGAGGCCCAGGCUAUCCACACGGACCCAAGGACCACCACAGGGUCUCCCCAGACUCCCUGGACAUGAGCCGGGACACCAUCAGCCUGAGGACCAAGAUGAACCUGGGUCUGAGUCACCAUCAGCACCGGCAGAGCUCCCCUCACCCAGAUGCCCUGUCACUGUCCCUCAUCAAGUCUGAGUGUGGAGACCUGCAGGACAUGUCUGACAUCUCUCCCUACUCCAGCUCCACUAUUCAGGAGGGCCUCUCUCCGAACCACCUGAAGAAAGCCAAGCUCAUGUUCUUCUACACGCGCUACCCCUCGUCCAACAUGCUCAAGAUGUACUUCGGGGACGUCAAGUUCAACCGAUGCAUCACGUCCCAGCUCAUCAAAUGGUUCAGUAACUUCAGGGAGUUCUACUACAUCCAGAUGGAGAAGUUCGCCCGUCAGGCCAUCAACGAAGGAGUGACGUCGGCAGAGGAGCUGUCCGUGAGCAGAGACUCGGAGCUGUUCAGGGCCCUCAACAUGCACUACAACAAGGCCAACGACUUUGAGGUCCCAGAGCGUUUUCUGGAGGUAGCCCAGGUGACCCUCCGCGAGUUCUUCAACGCCAUCGUGGCCGGGAAGGACGCCGACCCCUCAUGGAAGAAGGCCAUCUACAAGGUCAUCUGCAAACUGGACAGCGAGGUCCCAGAGGUCUUCAAGUCCCCCAACUGUCUCCAAGAGCUGCUCCAUGACUGACUAGGCCUGGGGAGGUCAACAUGGACCCUCCACCAACCUCCCAGACCUUUGAAAACAUUCGGAGAAAAGACUUACUAGAGACUGCAGUCGAAAUUGACACGGGGCUUGUGAAAGACCAAAUAAAACAAAAAGAAAAACACACAAAAACAAGAGAUUUUUUUCAUCCUUCUUGCACUUCUUGCAACAAAAAAAAAAAGUUCCAUUCUCUUCAUCCGGUUGUGGAAGAAGACCUAAUCAACAGAAGAAAUUGAAAAGUAUAUUAAUCUUUCUAUCGUGGAUGUUUUUAAGUUAACGGACAUUUUGAGAUAAAGUGACGUUUCUGUAUUUUUUCCUCCUUUGUAUAAGCGGACUUCUCGGAUCCCUUGGCCAGUUAGCGAAUAGGCUACGAAUAGAAAAAAAGCACAGUGCCAUUCCCAGACCCUCACCAACCCUCGAACCAUUUAGCUGUUGUUUCCACUCUUAUUGUACUGAGAAUUUUUGGGUGUUUUGACAAAGUGGCUCCCCCCCUGCCCGGACCCAGACAAGGUUGCCCCUUUUCCCCUGUGAACUUCGCCUUUUCAAUCCGCCGCACAACUAUACAAGUACACAGCCAUGCCAUGCACUCAAAAUGAUCACAGUUUGACUUUAUUUUAGGAGAUUUGACAACGUAAAGGUCCCAUAUCACGCAAAAUUAUCUCUUGUAAGUUUUAAGCAAUGUUAUAACGCUGUCACCUCAUCGAAAACAGACCUGGAGUUGUGUUUUGUUUCAUUCAUUCACACAGGUUUGACUAACACUUUAUUAUUAGUCUUGUCUACAUUUCCAAAGCUCAGAAUGCUCAGUUCCACCUUAUGAUGUCAUGAAGUGGUAGCCAGGCUGACUCCACCUAGUGCCUCAAUUUCUUUUCUCUCCAGCGACUAGGUCAGGACUCAAAAUACACUAGACGGUUUGUAAGAACCCCAGAAGUGUGAGUUUGGGCACCAGCCAAUCAGCGAAGAGACAGACAUUCUGUGUUGGCAACGAUUCCCGAGAUCAAGGAUUUAAAGCCGGAACAAAGAGAAUGUUCUGUGAAUUUUAUCAAGGGGAAAGACGUUAUUGUCCUUCUUCCUACAGGAUUUGGGAAAAGCUUAAUAUACCAGUUAGCCCCGUUAGCAUUACAUACGACAUGACCAAAAUAGCAGCGAUUGGUUAAAUUAAAAAAAGUACCCACCUACUGUUGAACGAACGAAUUCUAACACUGCGCGGUCAGACAGUUUCUACGAAGUGAAACCGGCCGAUGAAUCAGGCUAAUGAAGCGGUAGGUUUCAAGUUAACUGCCUCCAGGAGCUGCUUCAUGACUGACUAGGCCUGGGGAGGACAACAUGGAGUGUCCACCAACCUCCCAGACCUUUGAAAACAUUCAGAGAAAAGACUUAUUAGAUCAUUGUUUCCUAAAGAAUGGCCUACGAUCCUCAGGUGGGUCGCAAGAGAUUUUUUUGGGUCGCCUUGAUACGAUCUGCAAUAUACAUAUACAUACAUCUCCAUGCACCCCCACCUAACCAAUUUUCUGUCGGAAACACUGAUUAUUGUUUUUCCUUGUUUAAAACUUGAGUACCGUAUUUUCGGACUAAAAGGCGCACUUCUGGAAAAUCGUCAGUGCGCCUUAUAAUUCAGUUCGCCUUAUGUAUUUAUUCUGGUUGUGCUUACUGACCUCGAACCGAUUUUCAUAUAUUCCACUGAGUCGCAGCAGCGCGCAAGGAGUGAGCUGUUGCUUAUAGUUUAUGCAAAUAAGCCAUGUGGUUUUAAGUUUCGCUUCUGUAAAACGCAAACAAAUGUGCGCAAAGCUGCAUUAACCACAUUAUUACUUGACCUAUAUUAAAUUAAAAAGUCUUAAGUGUCCUCGGUUUGUUUCGCUUAAUGCGCCUUAUAAUCCGGUGCACUUUAUGUAUGAAAAUAGACAAGAGAAUUUAACAUUAUUGAUAUUGCGCCUUAUAAUCCGGUGCACCUUAUAGUCCAACAAAUACGGUAAACACAAUCACUCAGUCAGCAAUAAAAUAUCCUCAUUAAUGUUCAAUAAUGGUCACAAUUUUAUUUUGUGACUUAAGAAUAAUGUCUAUGCAUUUGGGUCGCGAAGAAUUGUGACUGUGAAAAUAUGGGUCCCCAGAAAACAAGUUUGGGAAACACUGUAUUAGACUGUGCAGUUGAAAUUGAUAUGAGGCUUGUGAAAGACCAAACAAAACAAAACAAACAAAAAAAGAACACAAAAACUAGAUUUUUUUUCAUCCUUCUUACAACAAAAGAAAAAAAGUUUCUACCGUUAACUUUUUUGUUCAGUAGAGAUUGGAAGUUCCAAAUGCGAAAUAAUCCAAAUGAUUCUAGUGAAGACGUAUGGAGUUUAAAAACACAAUAGAGGACUUCUUGUAUUACCACGUGACAUCACAAGGUGGAGCAGAGCGUUUCCUGUUCGAGAAAAGAAUUCAGCCUAAAUACGCAGAAUUUGUGUGUUAAACUCAAACACAACUCCAGGUCUGUUUGUGAUGAGGAAACAACAUUAUAACAUGAUCAGAAAAUAGCGUAAUAUCGACCUUUUAUGAUUUACGAUGUUUGUUGAAAAAUACCGUAAAUGAUACCAGUGGGGGUACAUUUUUGCAAUAUUUGUUGUUUUAGCUCUAAAUUAUAAUGGUAAAAUUGUAUUGUAUAUGUAUGAAAAUGUUUGGAAGUGUUUAAAAUUUUACAAAACAGGUUCAAAUCUGUCAGAAUUCCAUUUAAGUGAAAAAUCCGUUGGGCCUGGACGUAGCCACAGAGCAACAGCUAGAGCCACGUCAUCAUUUAUUAAUAUUUAUAUUGACUUUUACUACGUCUUUUCUUAUUUUGAGCUUAUAAUCACCAUCAUUAUUUGCAGUGUCGUAGAGUGGGUUGGGAGACUAUUUACGUUUACAUUACACUGUGGAAUUUUUGUCAUAAUCUCCAACAGUUUUACUAAUAUAUGCACUGAUGUUUAGCUGUUGAUUAAAAAAGGAAAAAAAAAAGUUCUUAUUUUUAAACUCUGAAUACAUGACGUGCCAUAUUUUUUGACUUAUUUCAAUUCAAUUUCUUUCUUUUUUUUUUUGCACUUUGGAACAGAAAUCAUGGACCCAAAAUGUUGGCGUUGUAUAGACUAACCAGGGCUGCUUCUAGCUUCGUGGGGGCCCCUGUGUUAAAUGAUGUUUGGGGGCCCCGUUUGCCAAACCAUAAGAGAGUGAUUCUGAAUUCUUACAUGGGCCACAAACAUGCGUCAGUAAUGUUAAAAUUCAUAGUUACACUUUAUAAUAAGUACGCCUAA